AUGUGCAAUUAUCUAAAUAUAAAUGGUAUUCUUAUCGAAGGUACAUCAGAUCCAUUUGGACGCAUUUGGGUAGCUAAUAUCAUACGUAAACAAACAGAUCACUCAUUACUCAUUGAAGCAUUAGUAUUUAGUACAAACUUCCGUGAUGGAUUUAAUAUUGUAUCAUUUCAACAAGUUUUACCAAAGAAUUUUAUUCAUCGUAUGACUGGAGCGAAUGAAAUGAUAUAUAAUUUUUUCGAAGAUUGGAAGAUUAGUUAUGAACAAGUAGGGAAAUCGAUGAAAAAUAUAUAUGGUAUUGGAAUGCGACAACAGUUUAGUGUUACAGGUAAACAUCUCGCUAAAGAGUAUGGUUAUAAUAUUGUGACUGGAAAAAAGUUUUUGAAGAAUGGAUUUUUGAUAUGGCUAUUGAAACCAGGAAGCAAAGGUGUUGAUAUCGAUCAAAUUACUUAUAGAACUACAAAUCACAAGAAAAAAUAA